CGGGGGGGUCCCCAGGGAUUCCCUAUGGAGGCACCGGAGCUCCCGGAGCCGGACGGGCUCUUCCCGGAUCCCCCCUCGCUCCCGGUGCCGGUGCUGGGCUUCCAGACCCUGACGCUCCCGGAGGAUGAUGGCAGCGGAGCCGAGGAGCUGCUGGGGCUCACGGUGAACCCCGACAUCGCCUGCGGCCUCGGCACCGGCCCGGAGACCCCCCGGCCCGACGGGCCCCCCCCGGUGCUGCUGGAGGUGGUCUGUGACCUCAGCACUCCCCUGUACCCCUCGCUGUUCCCCGGCAUCGAGCUGGCCCCGAGCCCCGAGCCCCUGGCCACGACCCCCCAGUCCGUCCCUGUCCCGGAGCUCCGGCUGACGGAGGAGGAGAAGCGGCUGCUGGCGCAGGAGGGGGUGACCCUGCCCGGGGAGCUGCCCCUCACCCAGGCCCAGGAGCGGCUCCUGAAGAAGGUGCGGAGGAAGAUCCGGAACAAGCAGUCGGCGCAGGACAGCCGGCGGAGGAAGAAGGAAUACCUGGACGGGCUGGAGAGCAGGGCGGCCGCGUGCUCGGCACUGAACCAGGAGCUGCGGAAAAAGGUCCAGGAGCUGGAGAAGAGCAACGGGUCCCUCCUGCGGCAGCUCCAGGCGCUCGUCAAGGAAACGUCCGCCAAGCCCGCCCAGACCGGCACCUGUGUCCUGCUCCUGUUCCUGUCGCUGGGGCUGAUCCUGCUCCCCAGCUCCAGCCCGUUCCGCGGGGGAGGCAGCCGCGACGGCCUCGGACCCACCGGAGUGAUCUCCAGGAACAUCCUGACGCGGCGGGAGCCGGGAGCGGCCGGAGAAUCCCCGUUCCCGGCGGGGAUGUCGGGGAUGGAGCCCGGAUCCGGUGUGGAGGAUGGAGCCGGGGGGGGACCCGGGGAUGGGAUUCCCUCCCCCCAGGGGGAUCCAGGGACCAAUUCCUCCAGGCAGGACGUGGGGACAGGGACACGGGGACGUGGGGAUGAGAUGUGACCGGGAGUCCUCAGGAUGGGGGGAACACUCCAGAAUAAACCCGCACUUGCAGCUCCAGCAACAUUAA